CUGACAUGGUUAUUCACAAAUCUGAAUGUUGCAGACGAAGUGAUUACAAGAAAAUGAAACUAUAUAAUCCUCAUUUCUAAUCAUGGCGUCAAGCGGGUUGCACGCUUCCAGCAUCAAGGAGGAGUACUCCAGCAGCAGUGAUGAUGAGGCGUCCUCCGGGAGCGACCCAGAGGUGGAGGCAGACUGGUCCCUGGUCCCUGCCCACCAGCAGACAGAGCCCUGCAGGUCCUACAACAGCCAUGGCGGCUGCAGGAGAGGGGCUGAUUGUCUCUUCCUCCACCUGUGUAAGUAUGCUGUGGGGGGGACGUGCCGGAAGGGGGCCAGCUGCCCCCUCGCUCACCCAGGGGCACCCAUACACCCCUCUGGAGAUCACCGUGGAGACAGGAGUGCACAGGGUCAGGGAUCUCAAUCAAGAGAGGGGAGGCUGGGUGAUGAGCGAGCGUACCAGUGGCAGCUGAACGCUGGGCAGGGCUGGGUGGACGUGGCCAACGACCACAUCAUAGAGGCACAGUACAGCCUGCCCAACACCUCCGGCAUAUGCAUCUUUAACACCCCCUAUGGGAGGGUGAACAUCGACUUCAAGCGGAUGAGGGUGCUUGAGAAGGACAUCCGAGUGAGGCGUCUGGACGGAAGGAAGACGACCUGGGUCUGGUUCUACAGCAGCAGUGGCUGUGGCUGGGUCUCCUAUGACAGGAAGGAUUCCACAGGAAAGCCAGGCCCUCUGAAAAGCUCUGAAAUUGAGCAGCAGUACCAGCAGAACCCAAAGGGUUCCCUCACAUUCCACAUCAACUCAGAUCAGUAUGAGAUCAAGUUCAAAGAGAAGCAGCAGGUGGGUAGAAGCCGCAGGAGGGUGAGGCGUCGCCCGGAGUACCAACCGAAACAGUCUCAAGGAUCUCCGUUAGGGGCGGCGGCCUUCCAGAAUGUGGGCAUGACUCCUGCAGCCAACCAAUCACCUGAGUGGAAGUUUAAAGGGAAGAGUGGAAAGUGGCACAAGUUCAAAAAAGAGAACGGGAGCUCUGUGUCCAGCGCUGAUAUUGAGGCCCAGUACCAGAUCAACUCCACAGGCUCCAUGAGCUUCACUGCUAAUGGGCAACCCUUCAUGCUGGACUUCUCAGCCAUGAAGCAGAUGAAUCUCACCACCAAGCAGAGGAGAGCUGUCAGGAGGUUCUAGACCCGCCCCCAGCCUCCUGUCCCCAGCCCAAUAACAUAUGAAGUCACAGUCUGUCAAUGAUUUAAUAUUGCUGCAAUUGCAUUUAAGUUCUGUUUGUGGGCAUCAAGUUUUUAUAGCUAUGUAACCAUACUGCCAACAAGUCCAAUUGAGGACAUUCUGGGCUUUCUAUGGAUUGCUCAAAUGUAAAUAACCAAAAUAAUAGUUGUGUAAUUCUAGUUGCAUAACUAUAUCACUAUAUAUAUAUAUAACACUAUGUUAUUGCCCUAUGUUGUGUAAAAUGUAAACUUUUUUUUGAAUCCCCAGGUGUCAGGGAAAUAUAGAGAGGGGUUAGACUUAGGAGGAAAUGUAGUUGUAACAUGUACCAUCAUAUUUACGUGGAAAAAACAAUCAGGUGUCGAAAAUGACAGUCAAAUGAGCACAAAUGUUUACAGCUUGAACGUGAGACUGAACACCAGUUUUUAUUGAACAUCAAAAGUGCUACUAGCCUAAAUGUUAUUGAACUGGCCUUAAUCGUGUCCUACUUGAAACUGCCAUUUGUUAUGAUUCGUGAUGGGAUCUCCAAAGCCCAAAUAACUCCUGCCUUAAACGUGUCAUGAGCCUGCUAUUUAGGCAGAUAACAAUUUUUUACAGUCGCUGUUUGAAAUCAUUUUUUUAUUGUUAAUAAUAAAUAUUUGAGUACACAAAUGUGUUGGUUCCUGGUUGGUCCUGGUUGUUGGCAAGCUAUAAACACCUACCCUAACAAUAAAACAAAGAAAGAGAAAGACUGGUUAGCUUGCUAGUUAGCCUGCCAAAGCAGAUCUGUUUGGGCUUGUGUUUCAAGGGUUAAACAAACAACCCCAGAGGAAUCCGUGGUAGAUUCCGUUAACACAUGAGCAGAAUGGAAAAUGAAAGUGGUCUAUGAAAAUUGUGACACGUUCUGUUUACGGCGUAAAACUUUGACUCUCCUGUUUGAUUUCAAGAAAGUAAGUAUGUUUUAAAUUUUCAACGUGAUCAAAUUCAGUUUGAAUGGAAGAAUUAGCCAUAAGUAAGAAAUUCGUGUUUAUUAUUGGGCUUAGUAGCCUAUAAAUACUGACGAAUAGUUGUAUUGCUCCAAGUACUAUCGUAGUGGUUUUAUAUGAAAUUAAUGAUUAUUGCAUUACAGUGAAUACGUUAUUACACAGUGUCAAGCAUUCACACGUGGUAAGUCUGCUUUCUGGUCCGCAGACUCUUUUCAUUAUCUUCUGUCUGUCAGUUCUCUCCGGACAUUUUAAUUUUUACUUUACAAAACACCGAAACUAACUUGGGCAAAAUACAUACAUUUAUAUUUGUAUUUACUUUUAGAAGACGCUUUUUAAAGUUGCAUGCCACCGAAUAAAUUACUAGGCAGUGCAAUAGAUAAUAUUGAGUUUUUAAAUGGCAGUAUGACGAAGAGGAAGUGGUGCAUUUCCCCCCGGCCACUCCUAGUUACAUCCACCCUGCCCCAGUAAAUGGGAGCCAUUUUGAGUGGCAGCUUUUUGAAGACCAGAGCUGGCUUCGUAUCGCUAACCAGCAUGUGAUCGAGACACACUACUGCCAGCCUGGAGCUGCUGGGAUCACCCUC